CAAGUUGCGGCCAAUUUCCGUGUUUUGUUGUGGGGUUCCCGACUUAGGGCCGGCGGAGAAAGCUAAAAUGGCGCCUAAACGGGAAACGAGUCGAAAACUUAUACGAGUAUUCGCUCCUCGCAUUUCGCUCAUCAACUUCAACCUUUCAUGCCUGCCGCCAACCUCAGCAUUUGCGAAUCUUCGAUCCACGGUCUAUUGUUAUCCACCCGCGUCUGCCUCGUGCCCAUUUGAGGAUUCGCACUUUAACUCUUCCCCAUGGUUGGUAGUCGCCGCCCUCACACAAAGUCCAGGAAGGGAUGUAGGGAGUGCAAGCGCCGCAAGGUCAAGUGUGAUGAGAUACAACCGUCAUGUUUCAAUUGCACUCGUUACGGAGUCACCUGCCACUAUGGGCCCGACACCCCUAAGCCGGAUGAAGUUUGGGACCCUUCCGCAGAUAGUACCACGUCCACUGUUACAGCUGGGUCUCCGGCAGUGGAAGGCAAUCCGGCGUGCCAUUCCAGUGCGAAAUCAUUUUCUCUUAAUAGACCGGAUAGCCUCCAUCUCGGCCAUGCCUGGGGACGCGAUCUUGAAUUGAUGCACCAUUACUGCACUGCCACAAGCGACACCAUGGCCACGCAGGAAGCCGCACGACAUGUGUGGAGGGUGCUAUUUCCGCAAGAAGGCUAUGCUAACGAGUAUGUGAUGCACGGUGUCUUAUCGCUCGCUGCACUGCAUAAGGCAUUCCUGAUUCCGGAUCGGCGCGAUAUCUACCUUACCCGCUCGGCAUUUCAUCACUCGAUGGGCCAGCAGCACUUUACGACCCUUCUUUCCGACGUAAACGUUGCUAAUUGGCGAUCUGUCUUCUGCUUCGCUACCAUGGUCAUAGCGUAUGUGCUGUCCAUGUCUAUGCAACCGGACGACGAGUCGGAGGUAAAGACGACGGCUAUUUUGAGGACUUUAGAACUAAUCUCCGUCACGAAAGGCGUUAAGGCAAUUCUAUUACCAUUCAUACCCCAGCUCAACAAGACCAAUCUGGCACCGCUUGUCACCAGUGUCUGGCUGACCCCAGUUGAUCCUCUACCAGAUCCGAAACCGUCCCUCGAAUACUCUCUGAUUCCAAGUGAUGUAUACAACGCACUUUCUCGCCUUCGUCGGUUCCUGACUGAACACGUCUCCCUCAAAUAUAAAGGCGACUACGAAAAGGCAGUCACAAUCCUCGAAGUCUCGGCUGUGCAGAUAGCUUACGCUGAUGUCAACGUAGAAGUUGGGGCGAUACUGCUAUGGCCGUUUUUUCUCCCCGAAAUCGUUGUCAGUGACAUCAAGGACCACAAACCCCAAGCUUUACUAAUAUUGGCUUAUUAUGCUGUAUUCGUCAAUGCUUUGGAUAGAGUUUACUGGUUUCUCAGGGGAUGGGGUCGGAAGUUGUUGAAGGACAUCAACGAUCAGAUUGAAGCGCAGGAACCGUGUAGAGACCUCUUAGAUUGGCCGCAUAGGCACAUUUGCGAAUGAUUAUAAGCUCAAGACAUGUUAAAGAAACACAAUCUGUAUACCAUUCCAGGUCUUCCCAGCGUGACUGUUAUCUGAUGCUAUGAUCAGUUUGUUCUACCAAAACAGCUCGCUAGGAUGAUAGUCUCGAUUUACUGUUCAGUCUGGAUGAGACGAAGAAUGGGUCUGUACGUGUGUGCAUCAAAAGAAGUAGAAGUUUCAUUUACCUACCUAUAUACAUGUAACGUGGCAAUACGAAAUACGAUGAACUACCUUUAGAGAAAU